AUGUGGACCCUGCAUGUGUCCCCAGCUCUGAGGAGCCCGGCGGUGGCUCCUGGCCGGGCGGUGGGUCUGCCAUUGCCUCUGCCCCACCACCCGGGGCUGGUCCCUGUGUGCAGCCCCCUGGAGCUCUGCGGAGCCUGGAAUGCCUUCCUCUUCCUCCGCUUGCCUGGUGUGAGGGUCGCUUGUACAGCACCGGGCUUUGGUUCUCCCACGCAGGGUGUCACUGAGGGCUACAAUGGCACCAUCUUCGCCUAUGGCCAGACGGGCAGCGGGAAGUCCUUCACCAUGCAGGGCCUGCCAGACCCGUCCUCGCAGAGAGGCAUCAUCCCCAGGGCCUUUGAGCACGUUUUUGAGAGCGUCCAGUGUGCAGAGAAUACCAAGUUCCUGGUCCGGGCCUCCUACCUGGAGAUCUACAAUGAAGAUGUCCGUGACCUGCUGGGGGCCGACAGCAAGCAGAAACUGGAGCUGAAGGAGCACCCGGAGAAGGGGGUGUACGUGAAGGGGCUCUCCAUGCACACGGUGCACAGCAUGGCCCAGUGUGAGCGCAUCAUGGAGGCGGGCUGGAAGAACCGCUCGGUGGGCUACACGCUGAUGAACAAGGACUCCUCGCGCUCCCACUCCAUUUUCACCAUCAGCAUCGAGAUCUACGCUGUGGACGAGCGGGGCAAGGACCACCUCCGGGCAGGCAAGCUGAACCUGGUGGACCUGGCGGGCAGCGAGCGGCAGUCCAAGACGGGUGCCACAGGGGAGCGGCUCAAGGAGGCCACCAAGAUCAACCUGUCGCUGUCGGCGCUGGGCAACGUCAUCUCGGCCUUGGUGGAUGGGCGCUGUAAACACAUCCCCUACCGGGACUCGAAGCUGACUCGGCUGCUGCAGGACUCGCUGGGGGGCAACACGAAGACGCUGAUGGUGGCCUGCCUGUCACCUGCAGACAACAACUACGACGAGACACUCAGCACGCUGCGCUACGCCAACCGGGCCAAGAACAUCAGGAACAAGCCACGCAUCAACGAGGACCCCAAGGAUGCCCUCCUGCGCGAGUACCAGCAGGAGAUCAAGAAGCUCAAGGCGAUUCUGGCCCAGCAGAUGAGCCCCGACAACCUGUCAGGUGCGCAGCUGGGGGAGGAGGGGCAGGAAGGGCCCGGACUGAGGAGAAAGGUUCCCUCCCUUUGUUUCUGCCUCCGGCUUCCCAUCUGAGAGACGCGGAAGC